CAAUCCCUCCUUGGACUGUACCUUCGUCUGGUGCUCUGAGUCUCAGACUGAUCCAUCAUAUGCAGCUGUCUGCAGUAGACAAAAUGAAAUGCACCUUGACCAAUGCUCUCCUUGCCAACAGAUGCUCUAUAGGAGCCGGUCAUCUCUACGGCGUGUUAUGCCCUUUGUCUUUAGAAAGUGACAAAAAAAGGUUUAUCACUGAUGAAGAAUGGAGCAACCAGAUGACGACCAUGGAGUAUCACCCUCUUAUCAGCCCAAGAAGCUUCAACCCGAUGAUCACAGUUUCGACAGUUCUGAUGAAGUGAAUGAUUGUCCAAUCGAGCAAGUGAGAUUGACUGUUUCAAUUAAGGAUGAUCCAACCUUGCCCUGCUUGACAAUUCGAACAUGGAUUCUUGGGAUCACCGCAUGCACAACUCUGGCUUUUCUAAAUCAGUUCUUCGGCUACCGCCAAAACGCACUCUCUUUGACAUCAGUUUCUGCUCAGAUUGUGGUACUUCCUCUGGGAAAAUUUAUGGCAGCAGUUCUGCCGAAGAAAGUUGUUCACGUCCCAGGAACAAAAUGGUCAUUCUCAUUGAAUCCAGGACCCUUCAACUUGAAGGAACAUGUCCUCAUAACCAUAUUCGCCAACACAGGCUCAACCAACGUGUAUGCCAUGAACAUUAUCACCAUAGUCAUGGCGUUUUAUCACCGUCAUAUUCAUUUUUUAGCAGCUAUGUUGCUGACACUAACUACACAGAUGCUUGGAUAUGGAUGGGCGGGUAUUUUUCGGAAGUUCCUUGUUGAUUCGCCAUACAUGUGGUGGCCAGCGAACCUGGUUCAGGUCUCUCUCUUCAGGGCACUGCAUGAGGAGGAGGUCAGGCCCAAAGGAGGAUUGAUGAGGCUGCAGUUCUUCCUCAUAGUCCUCAUAUCAAGUUUCGCCUACUAUGUUGUUCCAAACUAUCUGUUUCCAUCCAUAACUGCCCUAUCCUUUGUAUGUUGGAUAUGGAAGGACUCAGUCACAGCCCAACAAAUCGGUUCUGGACGUCGUGGUCUCGGUAUUGGCUCCUUUGCCCUGGAUUGGGCUACCGUUGCUGCCUUCAUUGGAUCUCCUUUAGCUACCCCGGGAUUUGCACUUAUAAACAUAAGCAUUGGUUUCUUCCUCAUGCUCUACGUGUUAAUCCCAAUUGCCUACUGGACCAAUGCAUUCGAAGCCAAGCGGUUCCCCAUCAUCUCAUCGCAUGUGUUUGAUGCUAAUGGAGGCAAAUACAAUGUCGGAUUAGUCCUGAACGAGACAACCUUCCAAUUCAAUCAGCAAGGAUAUGAUGAUUACAGUAAAGUUCACCUGAGUAUCUUCUUCGCUUUUGCUUAUGGAUUGAGCUUUGCGACCUUGGCAGCUACAAUAUCUCAUGUCGCUCUCUUCCAUGGCAGGACUAUUUGGCAACAAACACAGGCGGCUUUUCGAGAUAAGUUCGAUGACGUACACACUAGACUGAUGAAGAAGAAUUACGAUGCUGUGCCACAGUGGUGGUUUUAUUCACUGUGGCUGAUAAUGAUUGGACUCGCCAUGGUUACUUGUGAAGGAUUUGGUGGACAGCUUCAACUUCCAUACUGGGGAGUCAUCCUAGCAAUUGGUGUUGUACUAUUCUUCAUGUUGCCAAUUGGAGUAAUCACAGCCACCACAAACCAGCAAUUCGGAUUGAAUGUCAUCUCGGAGCUGAUAGUUGGUUAUAUGUAUCCUGGAAGGCCUCUGGCGAAUGUGGUAUUCAAGACAUAUAGUUAUGUAAGCAUGGUGCAGGCAAUAACUUUUCUCUCUGACUUUAAAUUAGGCCAUUACAUGAAAAUUCCACCAAAGUCUAUGUUCAUUGUUCAGCUCGUGGGAACGGUAGUUGCAUCUUCAGUCUACUUCAGCACGGCCUGGUGGCUCCUCACAUCUGUGGAUAACAUCUGUGAUCCAUCCAAAUUGCCCAUGGGAAGCCCAUGGACGUGCCCUGGGGACGAUGUAUUUUACAAUGCCUCCAUCAUUUGGGGCGUGGUUGGACCACUCAGGAUGUUCGGCCGCCUUGGGGUAUAUGCCAAGAUGAACUAUUUCUUUCUCUUUGGAAUUCUCGCUCCAGUCCCAGUCUGGAUCCUCUCUCGGAUGUUUCCCGAGAAGAAAUGGAUAAGGCUCAUCAACAUGCCUAUCAUCAUAAGUGGCUCGCCAUCUAUGCCACCGGGAACGGCAGUGAACAACAUAUGUUGGCUAACCGUUGGAAUUUUCUUCAAUGUAUAUGUGUACAGGAGGUACAAAAGUUGGUGGGCGAGGCACAACUACAUUUUGUCUGCUGGGCUCGAUGCCGGUGUUGCCUUCAUGGCUAUACUUUGCUAUUACACAUUGCAGAUUAGGGACAUUAAUGGGAUGAGGUGGUGGGGCCUGGAUUUGGAUGAUCACUGCCCUCUCGCUGGUUGUCCAACCGCUGCUGGCAUAAAGGUUGGAGAUUGCCCCAUUUUUCAUUGAUCGAAGGACAUCCUAAAUCUUCACAGAUAUGCAAUGUCAAGGAAAAACAGAUCUGUACUACUCAAAAAUGCUCAAAUUAUAGGGAUAGAUAUAGUGUCAAAUCUUUAAGUGGACAAAAAGAAAAUGAAGCAGAACUUGUAGUGUGGGUAGAGCUUUUGCUGCUGCAGCCAUUAAUUUGAUGAACCAAUCACAUCGUAAGUUAAUAAGCAUGCUGAAGAGAAUGACAGCAUAAAAGUUGAACCAAAAGAAGACACUUCUGCUGACAUUAUCCUCAUAUUAGUGAGCUUCAUUAUAGAACAUUUACAUCCUGUCAAUCUUGCUGUAAAUUUUGCUGAUAAUUAAACAUUGGUUGGCUUUGACAGA